AUGGAGUGGCAGAAAGUUGUUAGGAAAGGCCAACGGAAUCAAGACUUCCGUAUGCGGUGGGACUCUUUCCCUUAUGGAAGAAUGCAGGUUGGACAAGAGGAUGUAAUUUCAUCAUUCUACUGUUCUGAGUUUCCGGAGAGGUGCAAAGCGGAAGACCUCUUCAAGCUUUUUGGUUGUGUUGGCAAUGUGGUGGAGGUUGUGAUACCGGCAAGGAGAAAUAGAUUUGGCAAAAGGUUUGGUUUUGGGAGAUUCAAAGGUGUGCAGGACGAAAAACUGCUAGCGAUUAAACUAGAUAACAUAUUAAUUGAUGGAAAAAAGAUACACGUGAACAAACCUAGAUUCAAUAGGAGUGAAGGCAAAGGUAGGGUUGCACCCUGGCUUCAGGAGAAGGCCCCUCCAAGGAUGAAUCGUGACUUUGUUCCCAACUAUGUUGAUAAAAAUAAGUCUUUUGCAGAAGUUGUAGGCAAGUGUAAGGUUAAAGACCAUAAGGAGGAGGAGGUGAAAGAGUGUCUGAAUUAUAUCUCAAGUGAAGCGAUUAAGAAGAGGUGGAAGAAGGCUUAUAUUGGGGAGGUUCAGUUUGCUGGAGAAACGUAUAACGUUCAAACACAUUUAGAGGUUGAGGGGUUCUUUCUGAUAAAAGUUCACCCUUUGGGAGCUAAGUUGUGUUUACUGGAGGAGAUUGAGGAGGGGGUUAUUGAAGAACUGAUCAACGAAGCUUCAUCUUGGUGGACCCAAUGGUUUAAAUCUAUCAGACCUUGGCAAGAAAGUGAUGUCGACACUGAGAGAGCCUUGUGGAUCAGAGUUUAUGGAAUCCCUUGUCACGCCUGGAGUUAUGACUUUUUCGAAUUAAUAGCGAAGAGCCUUGGCAAUUACAUCUGCGUAGAUGAGGAAACAAUGUUAGGUAGCAAAAUGGACAUAGCCAGAAUACUGAUUAAAGCACCGUUUGUUUUCGCUCUAAAUGAACACAUGGAGGUGAACAUAGAUGGUUUGAUGUACCAGUUGAUUUUGAGGGAAGACACAUACGGUCCUUCAAGCAUAGUGGCCCAGAAGGUUGAUUUGAAGAAGUCCCAAUCCUCAUCCUCCUUCUCCGGGGAUUCCGGAUCUGAUGAUGCCGAGGGAUUUUGCGGCGAGGAAGAUGAAAGUAGUGUGGGUGAAACUCCACUAACCAUUGAGAAGAUUCAGCCGGCGAUAGGGGCGGAUCCCAGCCGGAAGAAGGCGGAGCCGCACAAAAAUGGGAGGAGGGAAGUUGUUUCACCGAAGGAAGCGCUUUUUGAGAAAAAGCUGUCAGAAGCAAUAAAUGAAAAGGAGAUUUUCGAUGCUGCUUUGAAGGUUGCGUGGGAGACGAAAAAUAGCAAUCAUGAAAAAGAUACCAAAUACUCUGAUUCAAUAUCUGAACCUAGUUUUUCUGUAUCAAAAGUUAUGGACUCCUUGGAUUUUGUUGCGGGGGAUACGGAAGGGAUAACCGGCUCUGAGGAAGAGGUAGAGGAAGAAAAUCUGCCACGUAUCAAAAGCAUUAAAAAAAUUCAGAAAAGGAAGAAUUUGAUAAGGGCUAAAUCCCUGGCAGAAUUAAAUGGGCCAUUUAUUAAACAUCAAACAAAGCCCAAGUCCAGUAAGAAGUUUUUGAAGGGCCCUCUUAAAAAAUCUCUGGUGGGGCCCAGCGAUUUGGAUGGAAUUCUCCCAGAAACUAACUUUUCUCCCUCUUCCUUCGUGAAUACUGUAGCGAGUAAAAAGGAGGAAUUACUUUCUCCAGAUAAUAAACCGGCUGAGUCUGAUAUAUUGAGAUGUAAUAAUCGUAUACUUUCUAAUUUCGGUUCAGCAGCGGAAGGAAAGUUGAGGAGUUUGGUUUCCAAGCUAGGCGUCGUAACUGGAGAUAACAAGAGGGACCCUACGAGGUUUAUGUUGGUAAACAGUACUGAACAAGAAGUGUUGGAAGGGCGGGAGGUGCAAUUAAAAAGGUUAAAAUGA